UAGCGACGCGUAGAGAGCCGCGGAGGCCAGUGGGGGUGGCCGGCUCCGGAGCAGGGGAGAGUCAGGUCAGGGGGGCGAGGACGAGCGGGUGCUGCUUGCGCCACUUGGGUUCGGUCCGGGCCAGCCACCCAAAACCCAGAGGAAGUGUUGUGGACGGCGUGUCCCUCCUGGCCGGUGAGUCGGCCCGGGGUCGCGGCCGCUGGGUCGACCCCGAGUUUCACCUGGGCCCGCGCGGGUUGUGACAGGUGCGCGGACGAGCGCGGCGCUCCGCCCGCUCGCCGGUCCGCCCCCUCCGGGCCUCGCCCGCGGGGGCUCGGGAUGAGCUGCGGGCCGCAGCUGAGCGGCUCCCGCUCCUGGCGCCUGGCGCUGCCGUCGUCUCCUCCCAAGAGCGGCCGCCGCCCGUGAGGGAAAGAGGGAGGGAAGCGGCCGUUGACCCCGGGCAUGAGCCGGACGCGACAUCCGUUGCUGGAUUAAGGCGCCGACAUGAACCUGCACCAGGUGCUGACCGGGGCUGUGAACCCCGGCGACCACUGCUUCUCCGUGGGCAGCGUCGGCGACCAGCGCUUCACGGCUUAUGCAUCUGGAUGUGACAUUGUUAUACUGGGAAGUGAUUUUGAAAGACUGCAAAUAAUCCCAGGAGCUAAACAUGGAAAUAUUCAAGUAGGAUGUGUAGAUUGUUCAAUGCAACAAGGCAAGAUUGCAGCAUCCUAUGGAAAUGUUAUAUCUGUUUUUGAACCAGUUAGCCUACCGAAGCAAAAGAAAAAUUUGGAAUUAUAUAGUCAGUGGCAGAAAAGUGGCCAAUUUUUUCUGGACUCAAUAGCACACAAUAUAACUUGGGAUCCUGCAGGCAAUCGUCUUUUAACUGGUUCUAGCUGUUUGCAACUGUGGUCCAGUGCUAACUUGGAGAAAUCAGCUGAAGAUGAAAAUCCAGAUAAAACAGAUCUUAACUUUGGGGAUUGGAGAUGCAUUUGGCAUUGCAAAACUGCUUCCCAAGUUCAUUUAAUGAAGUUUUCACCAGAUGGCAAAUUUUUUGCCACUGCUGGGAAGGAUGACUGUCUUUUAAAGGUAUGGUAUAAUGUAGAAAACUGGCGGACAUCUGUUACCUCUCCAGAUAAAAGUUCAGAAAAACAAUCCCAAGGAGAAAUGGACUUUUCUUUUGUAUAUCUGGCCCAUCCUCGAGCUGUAAAUGGAUUUUCCUGGCGUAAAACAAGCAAAUAUAUGCCUAGGGCUUCUGUAUGUAAUGUACUGUUGACUUGCUGCAAAGAUAACAUAUGUCGUCUUUGGGUAGAGACAUUUUUACCAAAUGAUUGUUUGCUCUAUGGAGGUGACUGCAACCAUUGGACUGAACCAGUUAAUUUAACAAAUAACUUCAAGAGAAAUGCUUCCAGUAAAGAACGAGUUCAAAAUGCUUUAGAUGUAAAUCUGAAACAUUUUCGUAGAGGUCGGAGGAGAUCACUUGCACUUGUAGCACAUACUGGAUACCUGCCACAUCAGCAAGAUCCUCAUCACGUUCACAGGAACACUCCACUGCAUGCCAAUGCACUUUGCCACUUUCAUAUUGCAGCCAGCAUCAACCCAGCCACGGACAUCCCACUUCUUCCUUCUAUUACUCUGAGUCUAAGUGAAAAUGAAGAGAAGAGUGGACCUUUUGUGGUACACUGGCUAAACAAUAAAGAAUUGCAUUUUUCUUUGUCCAUGGAAGUCUUUUUACAACAACUUAGAAAAAGUUUUGAGCAACCAUCUUCUGAGAUGAGUGUAGAAGACUCUAAUCAGGCAGAUGUAAAACCUGAUGAAGAGAUUGAUGACGGUGUUGAUGAUCUGAAAAUAAAUCUUGAAAAGAAGGAAUUGGGCAGUGAUAAAUUGGUACCAAAUUCAAGUUCUGUACCAUUACCAUCAGCUGCCAUUGAUCAUCAGAUUGAAGUACUUCUGUCUGAAUGGAGUAAAAAUGCAGACAUGCUAUUCAGUAUUCAUCCCAUGGAUGGUUCUUUGCUAGUUUGGCACGUGGAUUGGCUGGAUGAAUACCAGCCUGGUAUGUUUCGUCAAGUACAGGUGUCCUUUGUUUCCAGAAUUCCUGUAGCUUUCCCCACAGGUGAUGCAAACUCUCUCUGUAAAAGCAUAGUGAUGUAUGCCUGUACCAAGAAUGUUGACUUGGCUAUUCAGCAAGGGAAACAAAAAACUUCCAGCCUGACAUGUUCCACGUCAAUGCUUAUAUCUUCUGGUCACAGUAAAUCAACUAAUAGUUUAAAAUGAAGCAUUUUUACCCCUAAUGUUAUGAUGAUUUCAAAGCAUGCUGAUGGCUCCCUGAAUCAACGGCUUGUCAGUUUUGCCGAGGAAUCUGCCUUUUCUACAGUUCUCAGUAUUUCCCACAAAUCCAGAUAUUGUGGUCAUCGCUUUCAUCUUAAUGAUUUAGCUUGUCACUCAGUAUUACCAUUAUUGCUGACAACGUCACACCAUAACGCAUUAAGGACACCAGAUGUUGAUAACCAAAAGGAACCUUAUGGUGCUGUGAAUAUUGAAGAAUGUUCUUUGGCACAACAGAAUAAAAGCACUAUUGACAUGGCCUUUCAGGAUCCCAAUGCAGUUUACAGUGAGCUUAUUCUUUGGAGAGUUGAUCCAGUUGGGCCAUUGUCUUUUUCUGGAGGUGUUUCUGAGCUUGCUCGGAUUAAUUCUCUUCAUGUUUCUGCAUUUUCCAAUGUGGCAUGGCUGCCCGCUCUUAUACCCAGUUAUUGUCUAGGUAAGGAUUCUGAUUUU